AUGAACGAUCGGGUUACGGCCGCGGAGAAGCGCAUAAGUGACCUGGAAGACAGUCGCAACGAGGAGAAUUGCACAGUGCAAACGCUGCUUAAACAAGUGUCAACACUUGCUGUUAGAGUGGAUAUGCUGGAGGCGCGCAGCAGAAUGAACAACAUCAGAAUAAUUGGCCUUAAAGAAGGCAUGGAGGUGGACAAUCUGAUGGGAUUACUGGAUCGGUUGUUCCGAUACAUUCUGGACCUAGAGGAGAGCGAUACAACUCCCGAGGUGGAAAGGGCUCACAGAGCUCUACGUCCGCGACCGAACCCAGAGGACCCCCCGCGCAUGGUUGUAGUGCGCCUGCUGAGAUGGAGAGACAAACUAAAACUGCUGAUGGCUGCUAAGAAGAAGGGAUCACUCUCCUGGGACGGUCAGCCCUUCUAUAUUCGCCAGGAUCUGACAUCGGAGGUUCGGAGACAACGGGCUGAGUACAACGAGAUUAUUGAGGAGCUGAAGAAGCAAGGUGUAAGAGUCGGCGUACUUUACCCUGCUCGCCUGGUCGCCACCAUCGAUAGGAAGAAAUGCAUUUUUGAAACUCCAGAAGAAGCUAGACGGGGACUCUCACGACUGCUGCAGAAGACGCGCGCGUCUGUGCCAGACUCAGCCACCUGA